AUGGUACAGAAGACCACAGACUGGGCACUUCGGUCCAGAGGAAGCGCCCUGGGCCCUGUGGCUACCCUGUCUGGGAAAGGGUAUGAUGGCUGCCCAGAAGAACAAGGCAUCAGCCCUGGCCCCCGGGGUCCUUCAGAGCACACCAGCCCCAAUGGUGUCCUCACUUCUCUGGUGCUUAGUGACCCCAGUGUGGAACAAGGGGAUGGGAGCCAGGCCCUGGAGCUACCUUGUGCAGAGUUGGAGACCAAGUACAAACUACUGAGGCAAGGUGGAGUCGCCAGCACAGUGGCCCAGCAGGUGGCUCCAGGAAAAGGUGACAUUCCCUGGAUUGUGCUGAAGACUGACACUCCAGGCCACUCUGAGGGGGCUGCAUCUGGAGGCCUGAGGGCCUGGGAAGACCCCAGACAAGCUCCGGUGGAGGCAAAGGACCAGGGGGCCCCCAGAGGGAAGCUGGAGCCUGCAGACUGUAGGAGGGACGGGGGCAGGCCCAGAAGCAUCCAAGAGGGCCUGGUGCCCGGCCCUUUGCCUCUCCACAGGGAGCCUGCCUGCGGUGCAGUAAGUGCGACAAGACAUUCAGCUAGAGUUCCUACCUGCUGCAGCACCAGCGAGUGCACACGGGUGGGAGGCCCUGUGAAUACCCGGUCUGCCACAGAGCCUUCAACUGGAACUCCAACUUCCUGGAGCACCAGCACGCACACAGGCGCGGCCCCACACCUACCCGGCCUGGGGCAAGGCCUUCAGCCAGAACUUCAACCUGGCCGAGCACCUGAAGAUACGUGGGGUCUCGCAGCUGCACGCAGCUGCACGCCUGUCCCGACUGGGUCAAGGCCUUCCUGCACGUGGCCGGCCUGUGGCAGCACCAGCGCACACAUUGGCAAGAGGCCCUUUGAGCGCACCCGGUGCAGCCUGGCCGAGCACAGGUGCAGGCAGACAGGUGAGUGGCCUUACACGUGCCGUGUGUGCAGCAGGUCCUUCGGCCACCGCUCCAACCUCAACGAGCACCGGGAGCGGCACGCGGGUGGCUCCACACCCUGACUCUGGGAUGCCCCUGCCAGACUGUGAGUCUGAGUCAACUCGGCCGGGCGCGAGGCACCCGAUGCUGCCAUCCGUGGACCGUGUGUGUAAAAUCGCCAUCCGCGUGCCCCACCGUCGUGGGCUCGGUGUCCUGCAGCACAGGGAUGGCGACGAUGCAGGCAGAGCGUCAGGCCGUGGAAACAGCCCCUACGAUGACAAUGGCAGUUUCACUGGUGACCCCCCCUGGCUGCACACGGGUGGCAGGGAGGUAAUUCACCAGGUGCAGGCGGUGGAUUUUGAUGCCGGGAGGGGUGUAUCUGUGUAGAGGCCGGUGAGAAUCGGAGGCUCCCACAGGCGUGGUGGUCUUGUCUCAGGACCCUGUGGGACUGAGACCCAGGGCCCAGUUGGCUGCCCAGGAGCAAGGGUUAGACGCGCCCCCUUCCCUGCCUCCCCUCCCCUCAGCUGGAUCCGAGGUUGCACAGAAUUUUUUCUCUUAAGCCGAGGGCCCACGGGCCGGGGCCAGAAGGUCAGAGGCCUUGCUCUGGGGCCCCUGGUGAGCAUCAGGAGACCUAAGGGGAAGAGUGGGGGUGGUCCUGCCGCCGUCCGCUCUCAGCUGCUUCCCUCCCACCCCUACCCCUUGCUCCUGUUCUCUCCAUGGUUAAAGCUAGGAGUGCAGUUUAAAAAGAUAAACCUGAGCAGCUUGAAACACUUCUGGCUGGUUAUGGACCCAGUAUCAGGCCCACACACCCGGGGGUGGUGGCACAGCCCCCACGUCCUGCCUUCAGUGAGUGAGCAGGUCUCAGACCCAUUUCCUGGCACAACUGACCAGAUUCUGGAAGCUAGAGCGAGGGAAAACCAGCUGGGGGAGGGGUGGAGUGGUGGUGAGCAGGAAGGCCGCUGGGAAGGGAAGGGAAAGGAAAUGGGAGAAGAAGCCAGCCUGGUCACUGUGGGGUGCUAGGGCAGAGCAGCUGGGCUCAGUGGGAGACUGGUGGGGUGGGGGUGGGGGGGGGUCAGAGCAGACCACCCACAAAGCACGGGGGGCGUUCACUGUUUCCAGCCACGACGAACACCCUUCUCUGGCCUAGCUACCACCGCCUCGUCUCCCCAUGCCAGAAUCACCCUGAUCUGAACGGCUGUGUGCACUGGGGUCUCCCCUGGAGUCAGUGCUUGUCAGUCUUGCCACCUCCACCACCAUUUUGGACGCCUCUUUCUGACCUUGGCUGCCCCUGGAUGUGCUGUACUUCCUCCUGCUCCUGGGUCUCCUUGGCUGGAAUAGCAGACUCCAACAUAGGCUCAUGAGAGAAGCAGGGAGAGGGAGUGUGUGGGGCUGCCUUCCUAGUUUGGAAAAUUCCUUCUCAUGUCUCCAGAGUGGAGCCCCAGGGAGGACCCAGACUGGCCUGAGGACUCCCAGCUGACGAGGAUCCUACUCGGCCGUCUGCCAGAGUAGCAGCAUCUAGUCACAAGGGUUGCUGAGCACCACGGUGCCAUAUCCGGCACUUUGCAGGGACUCCUCCACCUGCAACCUGAUUGCCGAGUUGGGAGGCUUCAUGCCAGCCCCGGGUGAUGGGAGAGAGCUGGCGCAGGGAACUCCAGCCUGCCCACUAAUAUCUCGCUGCGACGGGGUGGGGAUGUGCAUCUGGCCCGUGUGAUGGGUGAGAUGUGGGGCAGAGAGGGCUGUCUCGGGGAGGAGGCAGGCAAAGAAAGCACCCUCCCUAGGUAUCUUGAGGGAAUUGUUUAUCUAGCUCUGUGAGGCUGAAAGAACCCAGAGAUUCAUAACUGUAGAGCAGCUACCACCUCUAGGGCUGGUGGUGCAAAAGAGAAGGGAUGGGCUCCUGGCGGCCUGGGGCUGGGC